GGACAAAGCAAGAUGGCGUCUGACGGUGAAGACGUUAUUGCAGUCGUCACAGUUCAGUGUUCUUAAUCUGUGCCUCCAUGUACACAUAUAUGUCCUUUAUUACACUCUAGUAAAUAGAGUAAACAUCGUUAAUAACUGUUUGCAUCCGGUUAUAUUAGUCUGAGCGCUAGCUUCGCUUGCUAGUUAGCUUAGCUUGUUAGCUGCUAACAAAGAGAGGCGGAAGUGAUCAAAACACAUCGCUAAGCAGAGAUCAAGUGUGAGUGUAAAGUGUUGUGAUUGUGUGAAAAUGUGCGAAAGAACCAUAGCAGAGUACGAGGAGGAACUUUGUCCAACAAAAGAGGAGAAGGAGCGACAACAUCAAAAACAUCAAGUUGUGUUACACAGAACAGACAUCCAUCAGCUGAUUGGACACCAAGAAGAAUGUCUCCCUAAACUGCAGGGGGACAGUUUCACUUUAAAGUAUCAACAGCCCUCACAUUUUGAAGGGGACAAGAUGGAUCCACAGCCAUCUUAUUUUAAAGAGGAAGAGGAGGGAGAGUGUCCUGUAGGGCAGGAGGAGGCUGAUCUCAGCAAGUUUCCACUGACUGUUGUCUCUGUGAAGACUGAAGAGCAUGAAGACAAACCACCUGAGUCCUCACAGCUUCAUCACAGUCCAAACGUCUGUGAAGAACAUCUUCACCCUGAGCAACAGAAGUGGAGCUUCAGGAUCCGGACGGAGGAGCCACAGCCCUCCCACAUUAAGAAGGAAGAGGAAUACCCGAUGAUUCCCCAUUUUGAAAAUAAGGAGGAACACCAACGGAUCCCCCAUUUUAAAGAGGAGGACCCACUGACACCCCAUUUUGAAGAGGAAGCGAUUACUCCCUUGACCCCUCACAUUAAAGAGGAAGAGGAGGAACACAGCAUCAGUCAAGAAUGGUUGGAGGAGUUCCAUGUGAUUGUGAAAAGUGAAGGUGAUGAGGUCAAAGGUGAGAGUGAGGAGAGGGGAGGGGGGGAGCCUCCAAGCAGCAGCUCAACUCAACACAUGACAACAGAAGCUGAUGGAGACCACUGUGGAGGAUCACAAGCAGACAAGCUCUUAGCUCCACUAUCAGAUAGUGAGGACACAACGUCACACUCUCCUGACACUGAUGAUGAAGACUCUAAAGAUGAUAAGACAUGUCACACUGACGACACACACUUCACAUGUUCUCACUGUGGCAAAACUUGUAAUCACCGUCGCAAUAUGAAAAGACACAUGAGAACACACACUGGAGAAAAACCUUUUUCAUGUUCAGUUUGUGGUAAAGAUUUUACUCAAAAGCACAAUUUUAAAGCACACAUGAGUACACACACCGCAGAGAAACCUUUUUCCUGCUCAGAAUGUGGUAGAGAUUUUAGACUAAAACAAAUGCUGAAAGAUCACAUGAGAAUACACACUGGAGAAAAACCUUUUUCAUGUUCAAUCUGCGGUAAAGAUUUUACUCAAAGGCCAAAUUUAAAAGUACACAUGAGAACACACACUGGAGAAAAGCCUUUUUCAUGUUCAUUCUGUAGUAAAAAUUUUACUCACAGGCCAAAUUUAAAAGUACACAUGAGAACACACACUGGAGAAAAACCUUUUUCAUGUUCAAUCUGUGGUAAAAAUUUUACUCAAAGGCAAUGUUUGAAAACACACAUGACAAUACACACUGGAGAAAACAGUUUUUCCUGCUCAGAAUGUGGUAAAAGUUUUAUAAGAAAUCAAAGUUUAAUAGAACACAUGCGAAUACACACUGGAGUAAAAACUUUUUCCUGUUUAGAAUGUGGUAAAAGUUUUGUAAGAAAUCACAAUUUAAAAGUACACAUGAGAACACACACUGGAGAAAAACCUUUUUCAUGUUCAAUCUGCGGUAAAGAUUUUACUCGAAGGGACGAUUUCAAAAAACACAUGAGAAUACACACUGGAGAAAAACCUUUUUCAUGUUCAAUCUGUGGUAAAAAUUUUACUCAAAGGCAAUAUUUGAAAACACACAUGGCAAUACACACUGGAGAAAAAACUUUUUCCUGCUCAGAAUGUGGUAAAAGUUUUGUAAGAAAUCACAAUUUAAAAGUACACAUGAGAACACACACCGGAAAAAAAACUUUUUCAUGUUCUUUCUGCGGUAAAGAUUUUACUCGAAGGGACCAUUUCAAAAAACACAUGAGAAUACACACUGGAGAAAAAACGUUUUCCUGCUAAGAAUGUGGUAAACGUGUUUCAGUAAAUUGUAGUUUAAAAGUACACAUGAGAACACACUGAUGAAAAACCAUUUAUAUGUUCAGUAUGUGGUAAAAAUUUAAUAGAAAGACAGCAAUUAAAAUCACACACGAGAACGCACGCUGGUGAAAAACCAUACUCCCGUUUGAACUGCAUUAAAAGCUCUCACAGUACACAUGAGAACACACACAGGUGAGAAAGUAUUGAGUUGCAGUGUGUGUGGUGAAAGAUUCUCUUCUAAGUCCCAGUGUAAGAAACACAAGUGUGCUGGUGAGAACAGCAGCAGCAAAUGAAGAUGCAGGAUUUGAAAUAAACUGUCAAAACUUGAACUUUGACUUUCUAACAACAUCAGCACAUAUAACAUGUGUGACAUCAUUGUUGUGUGUGUAACACAAUCUUGUUAAUAUGAUUCUAACAUUUAUAGAUUAGACACUUCAGAUUAGUGCUUUUAUUUCAGUCAAGUACAUGAGUUAAUAUACACAUUUGUGUACUUUAAAAUGAACACAACAAUUUGACUGAAAAGGUGAGAAUAAACAGUACAUAAAAUAUGUUACAUUCAAUAAACAUUUAAUGUGUAGAUAUUCAUAAUUCACUUUUAUACUUGAAGAGUUCAUAUGCAAAAGCAGAUAAAUCCAUUUUGACCGAUUCUGUAUAUUAACGAUUUUCUGCCUGCUGGUGUUGCCGGUACAUAUACAAGCAUACAAUGGUUUAUUUAAUAUCAACAUAAGCAAGUCAUGAAAGCCUAAACUUUUAAGAAAUGCUGAUGUAAUGAAUGGCUUUCAAAUAAGAGUGUUUGAUGUGGUUUUACGUCAAAAGCAGAUAUAUCCAAAUUAUGAUAUGUUGCAAAAACAGAUAUCUCCAAAAUCGUUUUCUUUGCGGUCGUUAUUUCGCAUAAUAUUCAAGAUAAAGAUAGAGAGAAAAACAGAACGUGAAAUUUAUCGAAAGCCACAUUUCAAGGUAACAACUGUUCACAUUUCUUUACUUCAUUAUUUAACAGUUUCGAUCCCUUGGUAGGUAUAAAUCUAGCUGUCCCUGCGAACAUUGUUUUUUCAUACUUGCUAACCGGACAUGCUUUUUUGGAACUGUGACCUCACAUAUUUACCUCGUGCUUUUCAGCACAAAAUGAAAAAACAAAAAAACAGUGUUGCAAUGAAGACAAUGUUUUAUUAAUAAAAACAAGCACAAAUGCUCAACCUGGUUUGCCCAUCAAAAACACUCCUGUGCAGAUAACAGCUCACUCAUCAUCGCUAUCGACAUUAGCUCCAUGCUCGACAACAUCGUUUAACGCAGCGGUGUAAAACUCACGGACACACGUGCUAGCGCCAACAUCAAAUAAUAACUUCAACACGUCAGUUUUUUUCGCUGGCUUAACAGUGUUCACAGGAGAAGCUUCCAAAUGAUUCAUGCGUGGAUAACAACACUGAGUGAGUCCGAGCGCUGCCAUUUUGUUUGUCACGUGAUCCCGUACUGCAGCGCUGGUUGGGCAAACGGAUAUAUCGGCUUUUGUGAUAAAUGAUCCAUGGCGCUUAUCGGCCUUUGCAAUAAAUCGCUGAACUAAAUGACGUUAAAAGCGGCAUUUGUCUGCAUUUGCAAACAAAUUGAUUUUGGUAUACCACAAUAGAAGUGGUGGACUAUAUAUUACCGAGGCUGGGCUAAACUUUAUCAAAAUGGCGUUUAUCGGUUUUUGCGUAUGAACUCUUCACUUAUUCAUAAUAGUGUUUUUGUAUAGGUUUUUUGAAUUACUCAACUGGUACAUUUUUUUUUUCUAAUUGUAGACGAUUCCAUAGAUGAACUCCUUUAUAUGAUGUACAUAUUUGUUUUACAUGUGUUCAUACCUUUGCUUUUGAGUACACAUAAAUCCCUCUUAGUUCAUAUUUACUGGUUCACAUCUGAAACAUCUUCUGGACCACUUCUGGAAGCAUAUUAUUAUUUACUUUAUACAUCAUUUGAACAGUUGUCUUUUAUACAAGAUCAUUUACUUUUAAAAUGUGUGACUUUAUGACUCAUUUGUUGGGUCCCUAUAAUCCAUUCUACUAUCUUUAUUACUCUCUUUUGCAAUAUGAAUAUCUUUUUUUGAGUGUUUUAUAUGUAUGUCCCCAGACCUUAUGCAAUAAACAAUGUAUGCUUCAACUAAAGUUGGGUACAAUAAAUGUAGUUAAUAUUUG